CGAGACCUGGGCAGCUUGCACCAUCAACCUUGCUAUUUCUUGGCUGCAAUGGCCGCGGUCGCCGGCCUUCGGGCCUUUGGGGCGAAGUGGCCCAGCUGGCUCAGGCGCAGUCCACGGGUCCCUCUCUCCGCCGGCUUCUGCAGCCCAGGCUCAGCAGGACCUGCGGGGUCGGAGUCAGAGCCAAGGCUCACCAGCACGCGACAGCAGGACGGAAUCAGGAACAUUGUCUUAAGCAAUCCCAGGAGGAGGAAUGCGCUGUCACUGGCCAUGCUGAAAUCUCUCCGAGGUGACAUUCUUCACGAAGCUGAAAGUGAAGACCUGAAAGUCAUUAUAAUCUCAGCUGAGGGCCCUGUGUUUUCAUCUGGACAUGAUCUGAAGGAGCUGACAGACGAGAAAGGCCGUGAUUAUCACACUGAGGUAUUUCAGACCUGUUCUGAGGUCAUGAUGCUGAUCCGGAACCACCCGGUCCCCAUCCUUGCCAUGGUCAAUGGCUUGGCCACAGCUGCCGGCUGCCAGCUCGUGGCCAGCUGUGACGUCGCUGUGGCAAGUGACAAGUCUUCCUUUGCUACUCCUGGAGUGAAUGUUGGACUCUUCUGCUCCACCCCUGCGGUCGCCCUGGGGAGAGCCGUGCCCAGAAAGGUGGCCCUGGAGAUGCUUUUUACUGGGGAGCCCAUCUCUGCUCAGGAGGCCUUGCGCCAUGGCCUCGUCAGCAAAGUGGUGCCGGAGGAACAGCUGGAGGCAGAGACCAUGAAAAUAGCAAAGAAGAUCGCCUCUCUGAGCCGCUCUGUAGUGGCGCUGGGCAAGGCCACCUUUUACAAACAGCUGCCGCACGACCUUAGAACCGCGUAUUUCCUCGCCUCCCAGGCCAUGGUAGACAACCUGGCCCUGCAGGAUGGGCAGGAAGGAAUUGAAGCCUUCAUCCAGAAGAGAAAACCCAUCUGGUCCCACUGAGCCAGCAGGAGGAGUGCUGAAUUGACAGCCCUAGGACACCCACCCGUCCCCCCACCCCUCACCCCUACCCCACCCCCACCCGCCCAUCCUCUCCUCACGACCCAACCAUAGACUGCCACCUCUUGGUUGUAAGAGAACAUAGCCAGCCUUUCUAACUUGGAUGCGGUUUCUCAGUGUGUGAUCUGUAUUAAAUGCCAUGGUUCUGUGGGAAAUGAAUGCAGGGGAGGAAAUGACUUCCUAGGUCAGUGGCCAGGUUAAUAUGCACUGGGGGGUGCGAGCCGUGACAGAAGCCCCAGUUCCCGGCAGAGCCUGAAGUGAGGUGCUGCCCAUACAGACAGACGGACGGACGGACGAACGGCAGUCAGGGGAAGCGGGAAGGAAGGGGCCACCCCCAUGCUUCUGUAGUUUCCUGCAGGCACAGUCCGUUCCGGUUACUCAUGGCAAGUUGAACAUUGUCAGAUCUCCAUGUGAUGAUCUCCACACUGAAGAGUUUCUUGAUUCUACCAGGAAAUCAUCACGCCUGUGGCUUUGGAAUAAUCUUAUGUGAUUUGAAUAAAUUAAAUAUUUA